GCGUUACUUUCGGUAAUUCAAUAUACAUAUCCAUACGACGGAAAAUCGCCGGAAGGACAAGUGAAUUAAAAAGAUGGCUGCCUCGGUACUUGUCCACGAGAGAUUACUAAAUCUCCUACAAACAGCAUCAUGGAAACACAAGGGAUUUCAUGGGUUUAUCAUUGGGCGCCAAAAUAAAUCUACUGUAGAAGCAUUAUUCAGUACAUAUUGUCGAUCAGUUGAUGAAGAGAUUGUAACGGAUACAGCAAGACGAUCACAACAACUUCUUCCAGGAGGUUUUGAAUUGUGUGGUGUGAUCGUUGUGACAGACAAGGUGGCUGGACCAGCCAACACAAGAGCUGCUGUACAGGCACACAUCUCCAACAAGCUGCUGGAGUCUCUUGGAGAAGGGCCUUUGAUUGUGUGUCAUGUCCAGUUGGGAUCUGGUCAGCUUGGCACCAACAACUUCCUCCUUCUAGAUGCUGACCAGGAGGUGUCAGAGUGCCAGGUCAGCCUGACCCAGGACGAUGUACUGUCCAACAGCGUGGUGUUCCGACUGCAAGCACAUGUCCCCAUCACUAUCUCUAUAGAUUCUAGCUCAAAAGACUGGCAGCAAGCCAUCAACUGUGAGAUCAGUCGAGUAUGUCGCAGUCUCCAGUCUCCUGCCUGCGUGUACUCUGUGACAAACACACGCAUCCUGCUGACGUCCUCCGAGGUGAAGGGUGUGUCAGGUGACCAGUCAUGUGAUGUCCUGUACCAGCACAUCGAGUCAGACGAUGAUGUACCAGUGUUUCGCAGUAAGAAGAAAGGAGUAAAGGACCAGGGACCUAUAGGUGUCCAGCUGCUGCUGUUGGUGAGUGAGGAGGCUGCUAGUGAUGUGCCGUGUUGUGCUCCAGUUGUUCAUCAUAGUAUAGGUGAUUUCAGAGCCGUUAAGAUGCGGCUGCCUUUAGAUGUUUUGUCAGUCAUCAAGUCAGAUGAGAGUAUAGAAAAUUUAAACGCCGCCUUCACUACAGCUGUCAAGAGCCAACUAGAAUCAAUGAAAGAUUGUCUGUGUCAGUACAAACAGGGAGAGAGCUUCCACAUCCCUGAAGCCUUCCACUUCCGGCCUGGUGGGGGACCAAGCUUCAUCACUCAUGUGUAUCCCCGGGCAAUACCAGAUGAAGAUAUGGAAAACCAGCGUCGGGAUCUUCACCACUUACUGAUGUUGCCUGCAGACAGACCAUUGUUCCGACGUGCCAACCAAUACAUGUUUCCUGGACAACCAACAACAGACGGCUAUUUGCUGAACCCACACACAGGCUCUCUCUCCAGGAGGUAGGGUCAGGGAGUUGGCACCAAGUACUUGGUGACAGGGACUUACAGCUACCACCACUACAUGCAGGACCGCUUCAACGACAACCAAUGGGGAUGUGCGUACCGCUCCCUCCAGACACUGGUGUCCUGGUUCCGGUUCCAAGGCUACACAGACAAACCUAUCCCAACUCACAAAGAAAUACAACAGGCUCUGGUUGACAUUGGAGAUAAGGAAAAGUCAUUUGUAGGGAGUCGGAAGUGGAUUGGCUCCCUUGAAGUUGGGUACUGUCUGGAUCAGUUGAUCGGGGUGACAUGCAAGAUCAUGAACGUAAGCAGUGGUGCGGACUUGGCUGGUAAAGGGAGAGAACUGGCAUCACAUUUCACUCACCAGGGCACUCCAAUCAUGAUAGGUGGGGGUGUUUUGGCCCAUACCAUCCUUGGAGUGGAUUUUGAUGAAGUCACAGGGAACAUUCGCUUCCUCAUCCUUGACCCCCACUACACGGAGUCAGAAGACCUGAAGGUUAUCUUGGACAAGGGAUGGUGUGGCUGGAAGGGACCAGAUUUCUGGGAUGUCAAUGCUCACUACAAUCUGUGUAUGCCUCAAAGACCACAGCUCAUAUAACGUGUGAAGUGCCAUCUUUGUAAGAUAUCUGAAUGUACAUGUCUGUAAAAUAAACUAAUAUAUAAACAAAAA